UUGCAGUCUACAGCGUCAUCGCGUUCGUCGGUGCAAUCGCCGCCGCGUACCUUCCGCAGUGGUGGGAGCACAUCAGGAUCGCUGCCAAGCACAGGCACAAUGCCAUACAACUUACUUCCAUCGAGCCAGAAAAAAUCACACAGCGAACCGUAUGCUGCUUCUGCCGAACUGCUGAACUUGGGGAUGAACACGGAAUUGUCAAAACUUUCGGAUGGCCGCUUCGAAAGGCUUGCUCGGCAGCUGCGUAAAAUUUGUCCCCUUCAUCUCGUUCUGAACGAUCAUUCAUAUUACCAGAAGAGACCCCCACUGCUUCUGUUUUGGUUCCUGAAGCAAUUGCCGAAUUUGCGACGUUUGACGCUGUAUUCGAUACGGGGCGAUCCACAUGUUGAACUGCACAAAGUCUUUUCUGUGGUUGGCAUUGACGAACUGAAUAUUAUUCAGCCGACGGAUAACGCAUGCAUUGUUGUAAACGAAGGUUUAUUGGAAUCGUUUCUGAAAGUGAGCAGCCCAGUUCGUCGACGUUUUCGUUUGCGUAUCACAGGCAAAACUGACAUCACUGCGACAGCGCUAUGUAAUUUCAUCCGUAAGUGGCGAAACCAUCGGGAAAUAGUGCCGUUCCACACGAUCUUGAUUGAUGUAUCAUGCGUUGCUCCAUCGGAAUUCAUUCAUGCAACAAAAUGCCCCGGAUGUCACGAGUGUAGUGACGAGUUUGUUCGACACAGAUCAGUUAGCACGUCCUGCAACACCAAGCAGCUUGUUUUCCGUCACCGAAAGCAUAACGUCUGGAUCAACUACAAAUAUGACAGCGGGUACCUUGUAUUCACGUAUUACGAUCCAAAAGACCGCAUUCAUUUCACAGUGAAGACAAUUGAGCCAGCGAGUAAGGUUGUUGCGUUCCAUUCGCCAAUGCUGACGCGCCUUGAAAAACCAGAAGAAAGCGAUGUGGCUGUCCGCACAUGGCCCCAGUCGAAGAAAUCUGCUGCUACCACGGAGGAGCGAACAGUGCUGCAGCGAAUUUUUGCUCUCAUUCGAAGCAAUGCUUAA